AUGAGUGGGGAGAUGGUGAAUGAAAACAAGAGAAAUAUUCUUCUGUCCAGAUCAGAGUCUAUCAGCGACUACAACUUUAGAGUAGUUAAGUCCUCAGUCCUCACUGAUAUUCCCAUAACUAAGAAAAUGCAAGACGAUUAUAACAGAAUUAAGAUUGCUGACUUAAUGGAAGAAAUUCCAAAGGAUGCUGGAUUGAGUGAACUGAUAGGACUGUGCCAAGAUAUUCCCGAACUUGGAGACCUUGUUGAUACACUUAGGAAAAAAAAUGAACUCAAUUGGUUGGAGCAGAAACAUCUCCUGUUUAAGACUAUCCUGGAGUUCAUGCUGAGAUCUUAUCUCCAGAAAAUAAAAGGAACCCAAAAGGAAGGUUUGGAACUAGAACCAACUAUAAAGACACCUUCAUCAGAGAUAGAGUCUCUCUCUGAACCUGGGGCUAUGCUGGUAGACAGCAAGUCUCAGAGACCAUUUGGAAAAAUAGCAGAUAUGACUUUCCAAAGCCUGUUAAAGGGCAUUAAACAUCAACUUGUACUUUCUAAAUCUAAGCGUAGUGUUCUCCCAUCAUCAAAUGUGAAGAGAGGAUUGACAUAA